UGUAAAUGUGGGGCAGAGCUCGGCACGGGACACGGACAUCUCUCUCCCUCUCUUUUUCUGGUUCAGUGCGUUUAUAUAAGCACACGAGGUCGUGGGUAGUCUCUCAGAGUGGAUCCGGACUGCCUGCAAAUCGACUCAAAUCCAUCUGUGAAACAGACUCAUCAUCUUCCUCCAGACCAGCAUCUUUUCAGCAGCUUCGACGAUAUCAAGCCAUGGCUGUUACCGGCUGCUCUCAGUGCAUCAAAUAUAUGCUCUUCUUCUUAAACUUCAUUUUCUGGCUGGCUGGUGGUGUGAUUUUGGGUGUAGCUUUAUGGCUUCGCCAUGACAGUCAAACCAGCAACCUCCUAAUGCUGCAGUUUGAGGGGAGUCAAGCACCAGGAACCUUUCAUAUCAUUGCAUCAAGUUGCCACACGAAGCUAAGGGACCUGUUCACUGAGAAACUCCAUGUCAUUGGAUUGGCCGCCCUAGUGAUUGCUGUCAUUAUGGUUUUUGAGAUGAUCUUUACCAUGGUCCUCUGCUGUGCAAUCCGCAAUGCUCCUGCAUAUUGAGUUGCUGGAUGAUGACCAGCCUGAUCAACAAUGUUUGAUUUUGCUAGUGAUGGGCAGGAGGCCAUUUCACUUUUGCCUUUCCUCUCUUUUCAAGUUCAAGUGUCCACACACUGAACAUUGAUCCCUGUGUUUGUAGAGAGGACUUCCUAUGUGAAUACAUCAGAAUACAACACCAAGGGCUAUUAUAAAUAAACCAGUAACCAAUAUCAGGGAGGAGGAAGAAUGUGAUUGACAGUAAUAUGGAUAACUUUGCCUUUAUGUUGUAUUGUUUUACUUUUAUUUAAUCAUUUUAUUAAAUUUGCUCUUAUGGUCUAUUGUUCAACUUUUAGUAAUAAAAGUGCUUCAACACACUCUUUAAGCGUGUGUGUGUGCUUGUUUGUGAAGUAAAUCAUUGUUAUGUUUAUAGAGAGAUAAACGUAACCUAUGAAUCCAUUAUGCAACAAGUCAGUUUGUGUCUUCUGAGAAUGCAUAUCGUACAUUAGACUUUACCUGCCCAUAAUGAUGAUGUCAUGAUAAUCCAGUGAUUACCCACAUGAAACAAAUCAAACUUUACCCAAUGAGCCUGUGGUAUUUUAAUUUUGU